CCACGCGUAAGUUUUGUUGUUGGAGAAGUUGUGAAAUAACAUAGUUGCAAGUUGGAAAGGGCCAAGUCUGAAUGAAUACACGAACUGGACAUGUUUGUAUGCAAACUCUGCCAUGCAGGAAGCUAUCAGCAUGCUAUGAGAAAAGCCCGGUGCUACGUCUUAUUCUUCCAUUGUAGUAGGUCUGUCAUGUUUGUGUGACGGUAUUCUAAGAGGAGCUGUAAACACUAGGGCCUUUCCCCCUCUGAAGAAUGAUCUUAUUUUGCGAGCUGCGCGUGGAGAGAAAACUGAGCGGGUACCAGUAUGGGUAAUGAGACAGGCUGGCAGAUACUUACCAGAGUACAUGCAAAUCAGCUCCAAGAAUGGCUUUUUCAGCAUUUGCCGUUCUCCCGAAUUGGCUUGUGAAGUCACCUUACAGCCCAUACGCCGGUUUAACCUUGAUGCGGCCAUCAUCUUCUCAGACAUUCUUGUUAUCCCGCAAGCCCUGGGCAUGCAGGUAGACAUGAUACCAGGUCCUAGUUUUCCUGAGCCGUUGUGCACACCAGCAGAUCUGGAGAAAUUAAACAAGAAUGUGGACGUCAACAAAGAGCUGGGCUAUGUCUUCCAAGCCAUCACAAAAACCAGACAUGCUUUGGAAGGGAAAGUUCCCCUUAUUGGAUUUUCUGGAGCUCCGUGGACGCUCAUGUCGUACAUGAUAGAGGGUGGGUCCACGACAACACAUUCCAAGGCUAAGCGCUGGCUGUAUACAGAGCCUGAAGCCAGUCAUCAACUACUGCAGCUUCUGGCAGAUGUCAUUGUGGAUUAUCUCCUGGGGCAGAUCAAAGCUGGAGCUCAGUUAUUACAGUUGUUUGAGUCGCAUGCUGGUGCCCUGGGCCCGGGACUUUUCUCCAAAUUUGCAUUGCCCUACAUUCGGCAGAUCUCCUACAAGCUGAAAGAGAGAUGUUCUGAGUCAGGUGUCACACCAGUGCCAUUUAUAAUCUUUGCCAAGGAUGGCCACUUUGCUCUAGAGGAGCUCUCAGGCUCUGGUUAUGAAGUGGUGGGACUGGACUGGACAAUUCGCCCCACUAAUGCAAGGAAUAAAGUUGGUGCUUCAAUCAGUCUUCAGGGGAACCUGGAUCCUUGCGCCUUGUAUGCUCCUCCAGAAGAAAUUAAACGACACGUGAAAGAAAUGCUUCAGAAAUUCGGGACUCAGAAAUACAUUGCAAAUUUGGGUCAUGGGAUAUAUCGUGACAUGAACCCGGACCAUUUGGAAGUGUUCGUGAACGCUGUUCAUACGUACUCAGAAGAGAUGAACGCCACGCAGUAACAGUCACCGAUCCCUCAGCUCCGGAAUUAAGUGGGAAAGAAGAAAGCUUUCAGAAACGUCAUUUAUUUUUGACUGAGCUUAGUAGAAUUUCA